AUGGCACAAGAUCUACGCUCCCAAGAUAUCGAGAACCCAAUGGAUAUUGCAGAGUAUCUCUUCCGUCGUCUCCAAGAAGUCGGCGUCGAGUCGAUACACGGCCUCCCUGGUGACUACAACCUCGUGGCUCUCGACUACAUCCCAAAGGUCGGCCUCAAGUGGGUUGGCAACUGCAACGAGCUGAAUGCUGGCUACGCAGCAGACGGCUAUGCACGCGUAAAGGGCAUCUCUGCACUCGUCACCACAUUCGGUGUCGGCGAGCUCUCAGCUGUCAACGCAAUUGCAGGCGCCUACUCGGAAUACGUGCCAAUUGUCCACAUCGUCGGCUACCCAUCAACCAUCUCGCAGCGCAAUGGAGCCCUUCUACACCACACGCUCGGUAACGGCGACUUCACCGUCUUCUCGAGAAUGUCACAGGAGAUCUCCUGCGCCGUGUCCAUGCUCAACAACCAGCACGAGGCGGCAGUCCUGAUCGACAACGCCAUUCGCGAGUGCUACCAGCAGUCGAGGCCCGUGUACAUCUCGCUCCCCUCUGAUAUGGUGCAAAAGAAGGUUGAUGGAAAUCGCCUCAAGACCAAGUUGGAUCUGGAGUACGCCCCCAACGACCCCGAGAAGGAAGACUACGUCGUGGAUGUGGUCCUCAGGAGUCUCCAGGCGGCCAAGAACCCCGUCAUCCUGGUCGAUGCUUGUGCUAUCCGCCACCGCGCCCUGAAGGAGACGAACGAUUUGAUUGUCAAGUCCGGUAUCCCGGCAUUCGUCGCACCCAUGGGCAAAGGUGCCGUCGAUGAGACUCUCCCCAACUACGGAGGUGUGUACGCCGGCAACGGCAGCAACGCCGGUGUCAAGGAGCGCGUCGAGUCGUCCGAUCUUGUCCUCAGCAUUGGAGCCAUCCAGUCCGACUUCAACACUGCAGGCUUCACCAUCCGCAUGUCGCAGCUCAACACAAUCGACUUCCACAGCUACUCCGUCAAGGUCAGGUACUCCGAGUACCCUGGCGUGCGCAUGAACGGCGUUCUCAGGAAGGUCACCGAAAAGCUCGGUAACCUCAGCAUCAAGCAAGGCCCCACGCCAAACAACAAGAUCCCCGAGCAAGAGGUCAAGUCAUCAGACCCCGUCAUCACACACGCCUGGCUCUGGCCCCGCCUCGGCCAAUGGCUCCAGAACGACGACAUCGUCAUCACCGAGACCGGCACAUCCAACUUCGGCAUCUGGGAGACACGCUUCCCCAAGGGCGUCAACGCCAUCUCGCAAGUCCUCUGGGGCAGCAUCGGCUACGCCACGGGCUCCACCCAAGGCGCCGCCCUCGCCGCCCAGGAAAUGGGCAUCAAGCGCACCAUCCUCUUCACGGGCGACGGCUCCUUCCAGCUCACCGCCCAGGAAGUAAGCACCAUGAUCCGCAACAAACUCAACCCCAUCCUCUUCGUCAUCUGCAACAACGGAUACACCAUCGAGCGCCUCAUCCACGGCAUGGAGGACCCCUACAACGACGUCCAGGAGUGGAAGUACAAGGACCUGCCCGCCACUUUUGGCGCAAAGGAAGGCUCCGUCCUGACGUACCGCGUCGAGACUAAGGAGCAGCUUGAGGAUCUGUUCAGGGAUGAGGAGUUCUCCAGCGGUGAUACCCAGAAGAUGAGGUUCGUCGAGCUGGUUAUGCCCUGGGAUGAUGCGCCUGCUGCGCUGAAGGAUGUUGCGGCCAGUGCGGCGAGGACGAACUCGAAGCUCGAGUAA